CGAAUUCGUGCGAUCGCUGUACAAUUCACAUUCUCUCCGAAAACUAUACGCAACCAACUGUCGGUUGUCCUUGGGAGUUGUCUUCUUUCUCCUCUCUUGAUCUUUGACAGUUCGACUUUUUCACACUGUUGUACCUUCAUAUGCUUUAAAACCGUACCCCAUCUUCUGCGCUCGGCGAAUCCGGAGCUCUGUAUUGGCAGUAACCCACCGGUUAGCUCCUAUUUAUGGUCAGAAUGAGAGGGUGGCUUCAGACUCUGGGCUUAACUGCCUUAUUUGCUGGACAUGUCCUCGCAAAUGAAGUUGCAUUGACGCAAGAUGAAGCCAGUCGGCAGCGAUGCUCGGGAAUGUACAACCGCAAAGCAUGGGGUGGAAGCGUAGACCCCUUUAUCCUGACGAAGUUUGUUCAAGACUCGAGCGCUGGCGACAGUGAUCCCAUUGUCAGCCUGGUGAUUUUCGAAUGGACUGAUGAGAACCUCAUCGGGCGGCCUGUACCCGGCGACUCCGAUGUGAUCGAAACUAUCUGCGAUGAAGCCAGUGUUCAGGCAGAUCUGUGCAAGGAAGAUCAAAUUGGCUCGUUUAUCCUCGCUGCGAACGCUACCGAAGCCGCCAAGUUUCCCAUCAUCACCCAAGCCGUGCAUCUCAACAAUCCGACCGCCAUCAAUUAUCCGAUCAAGAAGACCGGCUUCUACUGUGUGAGCACAUACGGAUACUCUGGAACCGACUACAAGGCCGUUGUGGAAUUUAGGAAUUCGUACGGAGAGCUCCCAGCGGCACAAAUUGCAAAGCUGCCAUUCUAUGGUGGCUUGACCAUUGUCUAUGCUGUGGUUGGAGCGUUCUGGGCUUUUCUCUAUGUGCAGAAUCGUCACGAUAUCCUGCCCGUGCAAAAUUACAUUACUGCGAUUUUGGUCUUCUUGAUCGUUGAGCAGGCGAUGACCUGGGGAUUUUAUGAAUAUCAAAAUGUGCACGGCUUGAAUGGCGGCGCGAAAGCGCUGAUGGUUAUAGUAGCCGUCCUGAAUGCAGGCCGCAACUCCUUUUCGUUCUUCCUCCUUCUUAUCGUGUGCAUGGGAUACGGCGUUGUCAAACCUUCGCUCGGACGGACUAUGAUCUAUGUCCGCGUUCUCGCCAUCACCCAUUUCGUCUUCGCUGUGAUCUAUGCUGUUGCAAGUCUAUCUAUCACUCCUGACAGCGCCGGUCCACUGGUCUUGCUCAUUGUUCUGCCACUCGCGGGAACAUUGACUGCUUUCUACGUCUGGACAUUGAACUCACUGAACGCCACCAUGAAGGACUUGAUUGACCGCAAGCAGAAAGUGAAGGCGAUGAUGUACAAGAAACUGUGGUGGUGCAUCCUUGGCAGCAUCAUCGUGAUUUUCGGCUUCUUCUUCCUCAACUCGAUCAACUUUGCUGGCCACAGUGAAGCCAGCUUUGUUCCUGAGCACUGGAAGACCAGAUGGUUCGUCUUGGAUGGCUGGCUCAACAUUGUCUAUCUCUUUGACAUUGCGUUCGUCGCCUAUUUGUGGCGACCCACUGCGAACAACCGCCGAUUUGCGAUGAGUGAUGAGAUUGCCCAAGAUGAUGAUGGUUUCGAGAUCCGGUCGUUUGGCAGUGCAUUGGAUGAGGAAGACGCCCUUGGUGGCCUUGAAGAACACGUCGGCCAUGAACAGCGUGGUAACCUGUCGCCUAUCCCGCCAAAGCCUGUUCCCUCGGCAUCACGCCCCCGGGAAUCCCUGGAUGGAGAGACUAUCUUCGCAGUUGGCGAAGACGGCGACAGAUGGUCGGAUGAUGAGGAUGAAUCACCGCGCAACUCCAGUGAAAGACAGCGUCUUACCGGUAAGCACUGAAUCGUCAUAUCGGGGUUGCAGGGUGGCUCGUGGCUGCAGUAGGACGGCGUUAUGUCUGUGGCUGGAGGAGAGUUCCCUGCGUCCCGAGAACAGUUGCCGUGUAGGAUUGGAGGCUCAGUUUCGCUUUAAUUUGCUUGAAGGCAUAAGAUGGCGUUUGGCUAAGGUGAAUUCCCAGUGAGUUUCGUUAUUAGCCUUUUUAAUAUCUUUUUCAUUGAUGAGGGAUGAAGUAUUUGUUGUUACAUAGUGUAUAAAGUGUGUUUGAUUCUAGUUCAAAAUGAAGACUUGUG